GGGAGCGGAACCCGGAUGCUGAUGCUGAGCGUGUCGGAUGAAUAGGAGGAGGAGGGGAGCGUCACGGACUGCAGAGCGCUGGACGGACGCCACGGCGGCAGUGAUGAGCAACUUGUGAAACAUCUGCUCCCCUCCAAGUGGGCUUCUUCCAUCGCGAGGAGGAGGAGACGCGGGGAUGGAAGAGCACGCUCUGCCGGGAGCUGAGGAUGCCGCUUCGGCGCCCGCUUCUCCUCAUCUCCUUGUCCUUUCGGAACCAGGGUGGCUCGGUGGGUUCGCCCUCCCCCCCUUCUUCCUCUAUUAACCGAUGCGGGGCCGAGGAGGGGGUGAGCCACAGCCAAAGCGUGCACCGGAUAUUGCAAAAGCCGCCCUGGAUGCCGCCGCCGCCGUGAUGCUACGCGAGCUUCUUCUGGCCUGACGUCGAAUGAGCACAUGAAGACAUCAAACAUUGGGAAAUGUAUUUUUGACACGAGGAGGGAGGAGGGGGGGGGGGGGUCCCUGGGGUCGAUUGAGGCAUUGUGACUUGGGAUAUUUGAGACGACUGUGCACUUCCCGAAAUCAAUCCGCUCGUCUUCCUGUCCGCCACUCCGCAUCACUCAAAUCUGGAAUUUGGAAGAGCGAGCGAGCGAGCGAGCGAGCGAGGGAGCGCGGUGGCUCUUCGCGGUUUGCGGGCGCCUCCGCCGUCGCGUCAUUCUCCUCUGAUCUACACGUUUUUCGACGUACCAUCCCGGGAAAGCCCACAUCGACAGUUCAUUUGUUGGUUUCAGUCCAUUUCCAUUGAAUCGGGUCGGGGGGCUGAACAUCCCGAGGCUUCCACGAGGGCCAAAUGGGAGUCGCCCGCAGGGCCCGGCGUUAGAUCGACGCCCAAGACUCCUGGGAUGAGCCGACGGCGCUGGUAAUUCUGCGAUGUCGGCCAAGAUGAGCAGCAAGGAGCCGGGCCAGUCCAGCCAGUAUGUGGGGCCUUACCGGCUGGAGAAGACCCUCGGGAAGGGGCAGACCGGACUGGUGAAGUUAGGUGUCCACUGUAUAACUGGACAGAAAGUGGCCAUAAAGAUUGUCAACAGAGAAAAACUGUCGGAAUCAGUUCUCAUGAAGGUGGAGAGAGAAAUAGCUAUUCUGAAACUAAUUGAGCAUCCUCACGUUCUGAAGCUGCAUGAUGUCUAUGAAAAUAACAAGUAUCUGUACCUGGUGUUGGAGCAUGUGUCUGGUGGAGAGCUCUUUGACUACCUGGUGAAAAAGGGCAGGUUGACCCCCAAAGAGGCCAGGAAGUUCUUCAGACAGAUCAUUUCCGCUCUGGACUUUUGCCACAGCUACUCCAUAUGUCACAGAGAUUUGAAGCCUGAGAAUCUUCUCCUGGAUGAGAAGAACAACAUCAGGAUAGCAGAUUUUGGCAUGGCCUCAUUACAGGUUGGAGACAGUCUCCUUGAAACUAGUUGUGGAUCCCCGCAUUAUGCUUGCCCUGAAGUAAUAAGGGGGGAGAAGUAUGAUGGCCGUAGGGCAGAUGUCUGGAGUUGUGGAGUCAUCCUUUUUGCACUUCUUGUGGGCGCGUUGCCGUUUGACCACGACAACCUACGGCAGCUUCUUGAAAAGGUGAAGAGUGGAGUAUUCCAUAUGCCCCACUUCAUACCACCUGACUGUCAGGCCUUGCUCAAAGGAAUGAUAGAAGUCAACCCUGACAAGAGACUCACGCUCGAAGCAAUACAAACCCACGCCUGGUACCAGAGUGGUCGGAAUGAGCCGUGCCCUGAGCAGCCCCCUCCCCGUCGUGUAUGUGUGACGAGGGUGCUAUCGUUGAGCGACCUGGACCCUGAUGUCUUGGAAAGCAUGUACUCUUUAGGUUGCUUCCGGGAUCGGGUCAAACUCACACGGGACCUUACAAGUGAGGAAGAGAACCAGGAAAAGAUGAUUUACUACCUCCUGUUGGACAGAAAAGAGCGCUAUCCCACCUAUGAGGAUGAGGAUCUUCCACCGAGAAAUGACGCCGGUAACAAAGUUACCUUUAACUGUUUUAUUGUGGAUUGUGCCUCAGCCAUUAAACAACGUGUUGUCAAAGAUCCACCUAGGAAGCGUGUGGACUCACCUAUGUUGACCCGACAUGGCCGCUGUAGACCAGAGAGGAAGAGUCUGGAAGUUCUCAGUGUCACUGAACAGGGCUCGCCCACCCCGCCCCGCAGGAACCUGGACACGAAUGCACACAGCCAAAGGUCUCGUUCGGUGAGCGGAGCGUCCACAGGUCUGUCUUCUAGUCCUCUCAGCAGUCCCAGGAGCCCGGUCUUCACUUUCAGCCAAUCAGAAGUCACCUCAGCUUCCUCCUCUAAAGAUCCCAAACCAGCGACUGCAACCGCCCCUCGGCCUAUCCGCCCAGCGCCCGACCCCAAAACUCAGACCCUGCCGUCAAAAGGCCCCGCUGACCGCCCCCAUCUUAACUCCAUGAAGUCCCUCCCUCUCCAGACCCCACGCACUCCAUCACCAUCCCCCUCUCCUCUUCUCUCUCCCAUCCCACGCUUUUUCAACUUCCCUUCUCCGUCUGUCUUCAAGUCCAAGAAUGCCCACUCGUCCACUAACUCCUCUGCCACCGCUCCUCCUGUGUCGCAGGUCACGCCACAAGGCUCACCACUCCCCACCCCGUUGGGCACACCUGUACACCAAAUCCAACACCCUUCCUCCACAACCCCUCCCUCCUCUUCCUCCUCAUCUUCUUCUCCCAGAGGGGAUGCGUCUGGAGGGGCUUCUCUGUCACUGACACCGCCCUCCAGCCCAGGUAGCAGUGGCGGCUUGGCCUCCUCGAGCUCCGCCCACUGGAGAACAAGACUCAACUCUUUCAAAAACAACCUUCUGGGCUCGCCACGCUUCCACCGCCGCAAACUCCAAGUCCCAACAUCAGAGGACAUGUCCAGUUUGACUCCAGAGUCCAGUCCAGAAUUGGCGAAGCGGUCCUGGUUUGGAAAUUUUAUCAGCCUGGAGAAAGAGGAGCAAAUCUUUGUUUUAAUUCGAGACAAACCCCUCAGCUCAAUAAAGGCAGACAUUGUCCACGCAUUUCUCUCUAUCCCUUCCCUCGGUCACAGUGUUGUGUCUCAGAACAGUUUCCGGGCAGAAUACAAGUCCUCUGGUGGGCCCUCCGUCUUCCAGAAGCCUCUCAAGUUCCAAGUUGACAUUGGUUACUCGGAGGGAGAUAGAGAGCUGGAAAGGGAGCGAGCAGAGAGGGAAGACAGAAGAGCAUUGGGCAUAUACAGCGUCACCUUCACCCUAAUAACAGGUCCUAGUCGCAGAUUCAAGAGGGUGGUAGAAACCAUUCAAGCCCAACUUCUUAGUACUCAUGAUCAGCCUUCUGUGCAGGCACUGGCCGAUGAGAAGAACGGCAAACCCUCCCGCCAGCCCAGCACGCCUUCACGUCAGAAUUCCAAGCGUUCCGAAAGCGGAUCGGAUCGGUCCGAGAAGGAGCGUGCGGCGGAUGCGGCGAGUGGAAGCGGCAGCAACGGUGGCGGCAUCUUACAAAGGCAAGGGUCGGGGAAAGACAAGGCCAGACUUCUCUCGACAUCCAAUGGGACGCAGUCGCACCCCUGAGAAGAAUGCUUUGAAGACCCUCCUCUGUCCUUUAUUCUAGCCAGAUCCUUUCAAUCCUGUUUUCUCCUUUCUGCCUUGCUAUUUGGCCAUCAGUCGGCUAGCGACAGAUUGGAAACGGGAAAAGAUUUUACUUAAUGCUCAGUGGAAGUGCUGAUCUUUUCUCAGUCCUCAAGGACAACUCGGAAGCAAGAUCCCCAACCCCCCCCCCCCCCCCCCACACACACACACACACACACUUUAGCAGAAAAUCUCACAAGAAAAACACUUCACUCGCUAAUGAAGAAAGCACAUGACCCGCUCACUAAUGUAUUGGAUGCUUCACGUAGUUCACUGCUGCAAACCUCUGAUCGACGCCCAAUGACGGAGCACCGGCGCACAGACGUCUUCGUUAUCAUCUCCUCAACAUUACCUUGCACCUAACUAACAUGAUGAGUCACAUGAUCUUAUGGAAUGUCUAUUUAAAAUGAGCAAAAAACGAACGUCGUGUCUUGAGAAAUGGACAAGAACUGGAUGGGUCCGGAUUAAGUAAGGUUUCUCGAUAAGCAAAGGGAUGCUGUAUUGGAGCAAAAACAAAGUGAAAUAGCUGAUGAAAACACAUAAAGACAUCACAGAGGAUGGAUCUGAUGGGGCGGGGCCGGUCGGAACCCUUCAGAUACCGGCUGUGACCUGUUUAUCAAAAAUCUUGUCCUCGAGUGUAUGAGAUUCAUUACGUCUCACAAUUAUUUCUGAAUUCUAACGAUAAACGCUAUGAUACCGUAUUGCCUUUAACGGAGGAGAAAUAGUGGAUCGCCAUUUAGAUUCAUCCCCGUUUUCCACUCUCAAACAAAAAAGUCUGUUAGAUGCUAGCGAGGGAGACAAAACAUAAUGGAUCACAACAGGUAAUUGGAGGACAACAAAGGUAGCAGAAAGCAUCUUCAAUCAACUUCGAGAUGACAAUGAAAGUUGUUUUAUUUAUUGUCUUGUUGAUUAAACACGGGAUUACCUGGAUGUAGGUGUGGUGAUCUGUUUAACAUCAACAUACUUGUCCUUAUUUUUCACUGUAGUUUGCCCCUCUGUGUAUAUUGCGAUUCCAGCAGUGAACUAAAUCGAUUCUUCGCUCCGGACACGACACGGGUCUCAAGGGACCCGCGGUCUGACUAACACGUACUCGUCGAUCUUGGCUUUUAAUAGCAGCUUGAGUUUCACGAGACAUUGGAAGAGAAAAGACAACCAUUCUGCUCACAGUAUGUUGACUGCCGGAUGUCAACAUCAAGAGGUUCAAAAGAAAGAACAUUGAAAUUGUAACAUAACAAAUAUUCAAAUUGGCUUCUUUUGCAGCUAGAAUUACAUUUUCACGUUGAGCUACAACAGCCACUGACUGCAGCUUUAUUUCAACUUGUCUGUGUUUUUAUUUCAUGACGCUACCUGAUAGCACGUUACUCUGUUUUUCUGUUGCUCAUAGUUACAUUAUUUACUGCGAUAUUUCGCAAAAACAAAAGAAUAUUCGCUGAUUUGAUGAAAUUAAACUGCCAAGACUUCAGAUACAUUUGGACAGUCAUUGCUUUACAGUCACGAGGGAACGUGUUCGUGAUAGCAAAGCAGAAAUACAUCAAUAAUCACAAAGAAAGAAAAGAAAUGAACUAUCCGCAUUUACCAUCCCAAAUCAAAAUGCCGAGUAAUGAGAAAUCAGAAACCGUCAAAAAGCACCUUUGCGUUUUGUUGUUGUUUUAAUAAUUAUGACACGAUAAGGACAAAUAAUGUAUUGCUCGCAAAGGGCAAAAAAAGAACUUCAAAAAAGAACACACAAAUGUAAAACACAUUGAUUGCGAUGCGUCUGUCAUUGUAAAAAUGCUGCACACAAAUUGCUUAGAGGAGGAAAGGCAAUAGAAAAUUCAAGCCACAUGGAAAGAAUGAUUGUUUUCCUUUUUUCUACUCAACUCCGGUCUUUCAGUGUUUUCAUGCCACCAGCAAACUAGGCAGUAUCAAAAUGGAUGUUUAUCAUUUCAAUAUUGACGUAUUUUAUUUGUUCAAUUCUGUAUGUACAGUCUGUAUUAGUUGAGCUUAUGAUGCUCUUUUACUGAGCAUCGUAGCUUUUAAAAUUGUGAAAAUGAAUGCUGCGAAAACACUUUCCAGUGUUAUUGUGUUGUGUUGUUUAUUUUGAACCCACAAUCUGUCCAUGUGUUGAUGUUUGCUACUGUGAGCAACUCACGCCUCCAAAGAUAACAUUUCCACUCAUCCACGGCAAGAGAUAAACGAAAGACUUUUAGUUCUGUUUUUUUUUUUUUUUUGUAUCUGUUAUCUGUUGUUGUCUUUGACACUCUUGGCAAAAGAGAGCACGAGCUACCGUAUGUUUCUGGAAUGUAAAGAAAAUGAGCGCAAAUGUGCAUGUAACACUGUUCAAAUCACAGGCACUCCACCUUUCCCAAAAAAUUCAACAUAACUUGUAGCUACUCUAUAGCAAAGUAUGGCAGCGGUCUUUGAGUCCUCCCAAAAAUAUCGAUUGAGAUGAUGUUUUCAUUUUCUUGGUUGAAAUAAAUACAGCGCUGGAUGACAUGACUACGUGCUAUCGCCGCAUGCUGAUAUUUGCAUUGAGCUCAAAGCUGUGAAAUCCUGUGUGGCUCACGAUGCCGCGUUGUGACUACAAACUUAUGUUUCUGGUUCUUUCUGUUUAUUGAUUCAAAACAAUGUAACACUGACAUGGAUACACCUUGGUAAUGAGCUUGCACUUAUUUCUUUUCAUGCACUGAAAGGGCGGGAAACAAACGUCAAGUCUGUUUGUCUCCUUUCUACGUCUGCGGUUUUGAUCGUUCUAGAAAAUGGAAACGUGACACAUUCAACUAAAAAAUUGUCAUUGUUUUAUGAAAAGAAUGGGGAACAUUUGUUUUGGUUUUUAGUCUUCCUCACCUCAUACGACACGAUCACUUUCUCUAUUUCAAAAGGUGCCGCUCUUUUCCCAUACUCAGCUAAAAGGUAGGCCUUGACAAACGUGGCCCACCCACUUUAAAGGUCGCAGCCUCAGAAAUGUUUAUGCAUACAAACAUAAAUGAGAGACACGACAUCAAGUCAGACCGAGUCAGAAUGCAUUGCAACUAUGGAAAACAACAAUCCAUCCUCAACCCAUCAGUCAUCUGUCAUCUGUCAUGUAAUCUCUCCUUCCCUUCGUAUACAUUUGACACCGAUUACUUUAUGCACACUAUAUGCCAUCGUCUGUCUCCAUUGUAUGCCAUCUGUGUCCAUGUAGCGUUCUUUGUCUUUUAUCGACACUGUAGUCGCCAUAAAACU